AUGGAGGUACUGAAGCAGCUUCACGCCUCGGUUGCGCAGGCCUUUGGGGACCACUUCGAGAAUGCCUACAGAGAUCUCCACCAGGAGCUUGCUCUUCGGGACGCUAAGGUGCAUGCCGCCGAGGACACAACUAGGGUCGCAGAAGAAGAGCGAGAGAGAACUAUUGCCGAAGUAGCGGCUUUGAAAGAUGAGAUUGCUCUUCUACAGGACGAGCUGUGUCUCAGCAAUUUUGGGCCAGGGGGAGAUCAAGUUACUGCCGAGAAGUCCCUUGAACUAGAGGCGACGUACGCGCCGCAUCAUAUUCUAAAACCCAUUCAUGCCAACCCCAUGGGUGCUGUGAAAUACAGCUCUGCUGACGUUAAGGCCAUCAGUAAUAAGUAUGCAUCUCUUUACAGAGAAGCCCAGACACUCAUGAAAGCUUCUGGUGAACUUCGGAAACAAGUCAAGCGCCACAAGAGGAAGCUGACCCAUUGGCGAAAGAGCCUUGACCGCGAUAGUUUUACGUUGGUGCUUGACGGGGUAGCAGUUGAUUUCCAGCGCGUUAGGAAGCGCACAAAUGAUGAUCAAUCACUAUUACCCGCCAUGUCAAUAUCUUAUUUGGCAGAAUCCCGGAACUCGGUCACUCAUACGAUGAUGCGAGGAGUUUCAGCUUCUGUUGUAGAAACUCCUCCUCUACGAGAUAUUUAUGACAACGUAUCAAAAGGGGACGUUGAAAAUAAACAAGGAGCUCAGCAUGCAUCAACUGUCUCCGUCGAAUCGACAAAAAGAAAACGUGCAACAUCCGAAACGCCUUAUCGAGAAGCCAUAGUCGGUUAUGGCAACGUUGAUGCCGAUGAAGACCGUGAUUCGGCAAGAUUCAUUACGAUCAAGAAUGAGAGCUCGCCAUCCAGCCCUUUGCAGACGUCAUCGUCGAAUUCUAGGGCUAUGGGGACUCAGGACUUAGACGAAAUCGGAGCCAUAGUUGAAACGCCGACGAAGAAGAAGAAGAAGAAGAGAUACAAGGAUGGUCAGUCCCGUCAAGCGGCUUCCCCUACCCUUGAUUCGCAACGCAUAGGCUCCCUUCACAUACAUUGGCACCCAACCUUGAAUCAUUUGCCUUUGGGACGACCCAAUGUACUCCAGUCAGUCGAUGGCAACAUAAGAGCUGAUAGAUAUGCACACCGGAUAGGUAAAGCGGAUGCGAGAGGGGCAGCAAGAACAUCGAAAUACCACAUUUCUUCAAUUACGGAGGAUGGCGAUGAGGGCGACUCGAAUCCCGCUAAAGCGAAGCGAUCCGGCACAUCGGCAUUUGAACUCAAGCCUCUACGCUCGACUUCAGUUAACGGCGAUCAAUUAGCCGUCCAACGAUUGGAAGGUCUCCUUGAAGGACCUUUACCUGCUAAACAAUACCUACAGCCCAAGAAAGCGAUAGACGACACAACAGAAAGCGGCAUGGUUCCAACAUCUCCCCCUUCUACAGGGCAAGAAUUGCUACGGGCAUGCAACAAUAACGCGAGGGCACAGUCGGAUUUGAUCCUGGGAAAGUCGCCGGGGGAGACUGAACCGAGUAUUCGACGCGGGCCUAUUCAAGUCAUACCACCGUCUUCGAGAAGCCAAGCAGAAAGAAUAGACGUGGAUCCCGUGUACAAACCUUACAGGGCCUGGCCCCUACAUCGUCUUGAACUCAAUCAUUUCAAGAUUAACCCAGAGUAUAACCAAGGCGCCGAUUUUGCAUUUAACAGUGUUAUUCGCACAAAAGACGAACGCAAGUGUGCAAGUGGUUGCACGCGUCCUAGCUGCUGUGGCAACAAGUUCCACGCCAUGGCGCGUCUUGGUGGCCUUCCGUCCAAUGUGACAUCCAUAGAGGAGAGAGAAGAAGACGAUAGAAUUAUUCUGGAAGAUUACUUGGGAAGUGAAAGACACCUACUCGACGGGCUAAGUAGUAAAGAAAGGGAGGACCUUCUACAAGCGGCGAAAGCAAGGCUCAUUGCCAAUCGGUAUGGGAAGCAUAGACAUCACCAUCAGCGGCUGGGAUCGCCACCUGGAUACUGGCGCACAGAUAUGCCCGACACACAGGAACUGCAACGUGAUCACGAAGAGGCAAGGAAGUUGGAAAGGGAGAGGGUGGAAGACCGGUAUCGAGAUGCAAUGCGCCCGGGAGGCCUCUGGAAGUUCGCAGAUGAGUGA